AUGCUCACUUUACGUCCUUUUAACACAGCUCCUGACACUGUAAUUUGGCCAUUGGUGGAGCAAUUUGUAGCAGAGGGAUAUACCAAUCCAGAAAUUAUCACUAAACUCAAGGACUACUAUGACACAGAGCAGUAUUCUUUUUUCCUUUCAUUAUUGAAGAAAAAAAGGAUGGUGUGGGGCUUAAAGAGCACUCGGGGCCAGGGACAUUCAGUUAAAAGUAUUGGGCUAGCUAUUGAACGUGUUCGUGCACGGUUUCCUCAUCAAGGAUCACAUGACAUGAAACAGACAUUGCGACAUGAAGAAUCGGUGAUGGUGCCUCAGCGAGUAAUACUAGAAUACAUGAACUUGCACCAUCCAGAAGAAGUACAAGGACAAGUAAGACGCCAAUUAAAACCUCUUUUUCACGUUGGAAUUGAGCCCUGUUCUGGCUAUGUCCUCUGGCUCAAAGUUUGGUGGACAAACCACAAUCCUCGUCUAAUAUGCGGAUGGUACUGCAACAUUAUGGAGCGGUUGGGUGGGAUGCCUCUAAUCACUCAAAGCGACCCUGGAACCGAAAAUUAUAGCAUUGCAAAUGACCACACACUCCUUCGAUACAUGCAAGACCCAGCUUUGGACAAAAUGUUACAGCAUAGUUUCAAAGGAUCCCAUUGCAACAUCAAGCCAGAGAUCUUUUGGGAGGGCCUAUAUGAUGCAGAUGAUCCCCUCCAAUGGCUGGUAUUCCACUAUGUAUUUAUCCCCUGGAUACAACAGGAACUCGACCGCUUUGUUGACAGAUUCAACCGCACAAAGCCCCGACAUAAUUCACACAAGCUGCUUCCACACGGACACCCCAUUGAUAUCUUCAAUCAACCAGAGAAAUUUGAGUUGCGUGACUUUGUGGUUAAGAUCCAUCCGCCUUAUCUCACUGAAGUGCGAAAAAAAUAUGCACCCCCCGAUCAUCAUGUCUUUAACUUAGUACCUCCAGCCUUUGCGUUACAAGCUUGCGCAAUCUCAGAUGCUGCAAACUACCCACCAAUUUGUUGCAACAAUGUAUGGGACAUCUAUGUCCACUUGCUCGAGCAGUUCCAAAACCAGCCGAACGACACUGAAUUCCAGGCCAUGCUGGCCAAGUCUGCUAUUCCAACAAUGCAGAAGACUUGGAUUUCAUGCCGACCUGUUGUGGGAGGCGCACCACAUAAUGUUGCAUGCUACUCAUCACACGAAGCAGAGACUGACUUUGAAUAUGAAUGGACGGACGAUUCGGAUGGAACCUGGGAUUGA